AUGGAUAGCGCAACAACAACGAAUAAUAAUACUACUACUAUCCCUGUAACAACAUUAAAUGAUGGAUACACAUUCCCAAAGAUAAUAGUUGGAUGUUGGCAAUUAUCUGGUGGGCAUGGAAAGAUUAAUAUAAAGAAUGCUUUAAAUGAUAUGGUAGAAUACGCUUCAAAGGGAUUAAAUACGUUUGAUCUAGCUGAUCAUUAUGGGCCAGCUGAAGAUCUAUUUGGUGAAGUUGUAGAACAAAUAAGAAAAGGACAUGUAAAAUUAAAUAUUGAUAAUUUCAAAGGAUUUACUAAAUGGUUUCCAAAACCAUCGAAAAUAACAGAAGAUGUUGUGGCAGCGGCCAUUAAAAGAUCGAUUACAAGAAUGAAAGUUAGUAGGAUAGAUUUACUACAAUUCCAUUGGUGGGAUUAUGACGAUGAAUCAUAUCUAUUGGCAUUAUCACAUCUAUCUAAACUUCAACAACAAGGUUCAAUAAGACAUAUUGGUUUGACCAAUUUCGAUACUGUAAGAUUAAAACAAAUUGUUGACAAUGGACACAAGAUUGCAUGUAAUCAAGUUAGUUAUUCAAUUAUUGAUCGUCGAGUUGAAAGAUCAAUGCAAACCUAUUGUCAAGAAAAUAAUAUUAAAAUAAUUGCCUAUGGUGUUUGUUUGGGUGGACUAAUAAGUGAAAAAUUUUUAGGAGUACCAGAACCAUCACAAGUAGCAUUAAAUACAUGGAGUUUAUCAAAAUAUAAAGAUUAUAUUAAUAGAUGGGGUGGAUGGCAUUUAUUCCAAGAUUUAUUAGAGGUAUUGAAAAAGAUUGGUAAUAAGCAUGGACAAGUAUCGAUACCAUUGGUUGCCAUUCGAUAUGUUUUGGAACGUCCUGGUGUGGGUGCUGUCGUUGUUGGAUGUCGUCUUGGUAUUUCCAGUCAUUUGGAUGAAUUUACCAAACAACUCUAUUCAUUCUCUUUGGAUCAAGAAGAUAUUCGUAAUAUUAAUAGUGUAGCAUUAAAAGGUGAUUGUUUACUUGGUUGGGGUGAUUGUGGUGAUGAAUUUAGAUAA